AGGAAGGAAGGAGAUCGGAAGAGGAAUUCGGAUGCCGUAGAAAGAAAACUUCUUACGUCUCGAAAAUUAAUAUUAAAAAAGAAAAAGAAAAAAGGAAAAAUAAAAUAAAAUAAAAAAUAAAAGAGAAAAACAGUUUCAGAAGCUCCCUCUCUGUCUUUGCUCUUUUGACCCAAUUUUCCUUUUUUUUUCUAGGGUUUUAUUUUUCCUCCCUGCUCUCCAAUCGCAGCAAUCCCGGUGAGUUUCUCCGGAAUCCAUCGCGAUCUAGCCUGAAAAACCUCCACCAUCACUCGAUCCCUGCCUCUCGCGCGUGGUCUGACGAUCUUCGGUUCCCAUCACGGCAAUGGCGGGUUCAUUGGCCGAUCGAGCUACGAGCGACCUGCUUAUCGGUCCUGAUUGGGCCAUGAACCACGAGAUCUGUGACAUCCUCAAUCACGACCCCGGGCAAGCAAAAGAUGUUUUAAAAGUCCUUAAAAGGCGCAUUGGGAAUAAAAAUCCAAAGGUUCAGCUUCUCGCUCUCACGUUGUUGGAGACAGUGAUAAAGAAUUGUGGGGACAUUGUCCAUAUGCAUGUUGCAGAGAGAGAUAUCCUGCAUGAGAUGGUGAAGAUUGUGAGGAAAAAGCAUCCUGAACAUCAUGUCAAGGAGAAGAUACUUACUCUAAUUGAUACCUGGCAAGAAGCUUUUGGUGGGACAAGGGCUAGAUAUCCACAAUACUUCGCUGCAUACCAAGAAUUGUUGCGGUAUGGAGCAGUAUUUCCUCAACGACCUGAGAGGUCUGCACCAAUAUUUGCUCCACAGACGCAACCCCUGACAUCUCAACGUAGUGGUGAAGCACCUGAGUCAUCCACAGGGUCCGAUCUUCCAAAUUUGAGCCUGACAGAAAUUCAGAAUGCUCGUGGCAUUAUGGAUGUCCUUUCUGAAAUGCUAAGUGCUUUAGAUCCAGGGAAUAAAGAGGGUCUCAGACAAGAGGUUAUUGUUGACCUUGUCGAGCAGUGUCGUACAUACAAGCUGAGACUAGUACAACUUGUGAACACCACAUCGGAUGAGGAGCUGCUUUGUCAGGGACUUGCUCUGAAUGAUGACUUGCAACGUGUACUGGCAAAGCACGAUGCCAUUGCUUCGGGAACUGCAGCUCGGGCUGAAAAAGCAAAAUCUCCUGAGGCACUUGUAGAUGUCGAUGAUGCGGUAACAACGCAAAAUAAGGCACAGCCUGAUCAUCGGUCCACCUCAAGUGCAAAUCCAGGAAAUCAGCAGAUGUUGGUUCCGGUACCCCCUGCAGCCAAUGGUCCAGCAACCUCUUCUGCAAAUGUUGAGCCCCCCCUUAUUGACCUUCUCAGUGGUGAACCUGAGAACUCACUAGCUCUCGUUCCCGUCAGUGAACCUCCCACAAAUCCCUCCCCUCAGCAGAAUAAUAUGUUAGCUCUUUCGGACAUGUUUCCCCAGAAUAACAAUGUGACUGAUUCUCUCAGUUCUCAAUCAGCUUAUCCUGCAACACCAACAUACCCUUCAAAUUCGCCAUUUCAGCUGCAGCAACAACCCUCACAGCCAGUGUUUUAUCCAAAUGGGAGUGUCCCAAAUGCAGGGCAACCUCAGUAUCAGCAGGCACCGUACAUGCAAGGCAACCAUUCGAAUCACACAUCAGAUCCUUCUUGGAAUGGUCAGGUUGCUCAGAGUUUGAGCCCACAGCAGCAGGCACAGUAUAUGCAAGGCAACCAUUCGAAUCACACAUCAGAUCCUUCUUGGAAUGGUCAGGUUGCUCAGAGUUUGAACCCACAGCAGCAGGCACCUGUUUAUGGUGCAGACACACAAAACAGUGGGGCCUUCCCACCGCCACCUUGGGAGGCCCAACCAAAUCAGAGCAGUGAGCAUCCCCAGCCAACAGAGAGCAACCAGUUGGCAAUUGUGCCAGUCCAAACGAUUCAAAGCAACCAGCUGGAGGGAAUGCCUCCCCAACCAAUGCAGAGUGGCCAUCUGGCAGGAAUGCCUCCCCAACCAAUGCAGAGUGGCCAGCUGGCAGGAAUGCCUCCCCAACCAAUGCAGAGUGGCCAGCUGGCAGGAAUGCCUUCUCAACCAGUGCAAAGUGUUCUGUACCCUCAAUCAAUGCAAGGCGGCCAACUGGCGCCUAUGCAUUCUCAACCAAUACAAAGCGGCGGGGUCAUGUAUCCUCAACAGAUGCAGGGUGGUCAGCUGGCAGGUAUGUACCCUCAGCAAAUGCAGGGUGUUCAGGUGGGUGGUAUGUACCCUCAACAGAUGCAGGGAGGCCAGCUGGCAGGUAUGUACCCUCAACAGAUGCAGGGUGGCCAAUUUGUGGGUAUGUAUCCUCAACCGGUGCAGUACGGACAGCAGGUAGGCAUGUAUCCUCAGCUGAUGCAGGGUGGACAGAUGGCAGGUUAUGGGUACGGUCAGCAACCUGGGACCCAGUUCCUUGAGCAGAGAAUGUAUGGGCUUUCAAUGCAAGAUGACAGCAGGUACAUGAACACUUCAUAUCAGAUGACUUCGUCCACUUACGUGCAGCCUAUAAAGCCAGCCAAGCCGGAGGAUAAGCUAUUUGGAGACCUUGUGAACAUUGCGAAAACAAAGCCCAAUAAACCGAAUGAUAGUAAAGUUGGAAGCUUGUAAAAUCAGUGACUGGGUCAUCUUUUUCUUUCUUGUUCUUCAUUUUUUUUUUUCAAUUUUCUAUUUCAAUCCUUCUUUUUAAUCUUUAUAUUCUUCUAUUUUGGCUCCAUUUUUAUGCUUUUGGCUGAUUGAUCGUGUACAUUUCCUGUAGAAAGAAAAAAAAAAGGGAAAAAAAGAGCUUGAGACGCUUGAUUUGAUUGAGGAUAUUGAAUUUUAAAGAAAUCAAAUUCCGUCGGAGGAUAUUCUUUUCAUGUUA